AUGUCUAAAACGUCAGGGGAAAGCCAAAUUCCGAAGACGGCCUUGGUUUCAACAUUCUCAGCACCUAGUGCGCUACAAACUACAACCACUACUCAAUCUUCUUCUACAUCGACUCUCACAGCCCCCAUAAUAACAACAUCAAAUACUGUUGUCACGACAAAGCCUGCUAUUACGGCAGGACUAACAAAACUGUCAAAUACAGGACCUUCUGUUACGAAUGAACAGCCAAAAGAUGAUUCUGAAGAUGAGGUGGAGUUCUUUACAGAGAAGAAGACCCGUACAACUCCACUUUCUCCUGAGGAUGAAAAGAUCCUUAAAAAGUCGGAUUUCCCUCGUAGGAAAAAAAGAGAGCCAAUUUAUCAUAAUGGAAUUUUUUCAAAAGAUGAUAUCAAGGAACCAACAUGGGGAUACCAAAAAUCUUACAGAAGGAUUGUUCCUAAUAUAAAUGAUAUUGGUAAUUCUAAGAAAGACUUACUGGAACAACUUAAGAUCAGAGACAAACCUAUUGCUACUUCAAAAAGCCUUACAAACACGACGGAAGCUAAUAAAAAGAAAGUGCCGGGUUCAGAGGUCCCUCCAGAGAGUGAUGUAGAAGCUCGACUUGUAUACGAGUUACUUCUCAAACCACGGCGGGAUGGACCAUACGCAUAUAGAGGGGAAUAUGAUGGUACUUGGUCUCCCCUUUAUGGGGAUGGGAGAGAUGAAAAGCCAAAGUUGGAACCUUUGAGAUGGAAACAACAAUCAUAUUAUAAAGAAUAUGUUAAAGAUGUUAAAAGAACAAAAUUUCCAAUUACAGAAGAAAGAUAUGAAGCUCCUAGUUGGUGGGAUAAGCAUCCUUAUAAACCAGUUCCAAAAGAGUUAACUAAAGAUAUGGACCAAUACGAUCUUUCCCGAGAGGCUUUUGCUGAAGAUAUUGUGACGAAGAUGGGACUUAGACCUGAUCCUCCAAAAGAAACCAAAAUAGUCGCUGAACCUUGCAACUGCUGUAAUACAGUUGUUCAAAAAUCCAAGGAAGAGAAAAUGUUCUUUCACAAACUUUAUAAUCCGCUUGUUGGAGGUUUCGAAUCACAACCACUAAAUCAACCUUGGGUUUUCGUAUAUGCGGCAUUACCCGGAGAGUUUGAAGACCGUACUCCAACUUACGCUGAGUUGCUUAAUAAAUAUAAAUCAGGCAUUCCUCAGCGCAACAUGUAUAUUCUUGAUGAACCGCCAAGGAUGCCACGAAUCGAUUUGAGCAACAUUAUCGAGGGAGAGAUUGAAUUUUCCAAAAUCGUGAAGGAAGAUGUUCAUAAAAUUUGUCAUCAAGAUAAAAAAUGUGAUUGUCCGUAUGCGAAGAAAGAACCAGAAGUAAAACAAUCACCGACCAUACCAAGAUCACAUUUCUAUUGUUAUGAGCGUCUUGGCAAAAAACCUAGAGAAAACAAGCCAACUACCUUUGAAAUGAUCCAUGG